GGAGAUCAGAGCUGCCGAAUGAUGGCAGGGCGAUGGCUAUGCAGCAGUUUGGGUCAACGGCAAUGUAGCACGAGGCUAACUUUUCGACCUGCAGCAACGGAAGGGAGGGUCAGGCAUUAUGGCAAGCAACAGAGCCUGUGUUAGGGCCAACGUUGUGUAAGAGCUGCCAAAACCCUUGCUUGAUGGUUUGGUGAGGUGGCGGAAAACAUCAAGAGCAGCUGUCACCAGGAGGUUUAGACGGUGUUUUUGGUUUUGACAACAGUGGAUUUUGGGAGGUAUAGCUUGGAAUUUCAAGAAGCACAAAUGCUGAGCUGCAUGUGACGUAACAUCGGGGCGUGUGAGCUAGCGUUGCAAUGGCGGAGCCUGCUCCUGAUGGACAGUUCAGUUUGGAAGCGCACGAUGUGCCAAAGCGGGGCUUUUGGAACAGAUUCUGGAGCUCCAAAAAGUCUUACCUCCGAUACUUUCUCUACUUCUGGUGCAUCGUGGCGCUGGGACUUGCUGGAUUGACGUUCUAUCUAGUCUUUUCCCUGGACAAGCAGGCAUCGUACAAAACCCUUACGCAAUCGUGCGGGGAUGUGGCGGCACGAUUUGAGAUGUCACUCCAGGCCCAGAUUGCAGCUGCCCGGAUUUUCAUUGGGUUCAUACAAUCUGCUCCUGGAACCGUUAACUUGACAAGCUUCACCAACUUUGCUAUUGCGACCUCAUUUCAGCGCCCCCUUCUGAACAAUGUAAUCUACGUCAAGGCUGUUCGCGCUGCAGAUCGUACGCAGGUCGAACAGCAAUUAGGCGUAAACUUCACGGAAUUUACGCCCUCAAGCGCCCCGGGCAAGUUUGGCUAUUUGCCAAGACAGCCUGCGGAACAGUAUGGUAUUGUUCAGUUUUUCAAUAGCAGAGAAAACAAGAACAUUCCUGUUGGGUUUGAUCUGAUGUCCGACCCUUACGAAGCAGCGAUCUUGGCCAGGGCAAAAGACAGCGGUGGCGCUGCCUUCACUUCGCCCCAGACGUUUGCUAACGGAAUGCGAGGCUUCCUUGGGUUUUAUCCUGAUUAUGGGGCGAACAACUUUUCAGAGGGCUCCAACGCAACACUCGAGCAGAGACGAGCGGGGAUUGCUGGCUGGAUUGGGGCCCAGUAUGCUGUGAGUAAACUUGCAGCGCAAGUAGUUGCGCAGCUCAAGCAAGAGUCGGAUGCGGGAGCCAACAUCAGGCUGUGGAUCUACGACAUGUCAACUGCCAACGAAGCCCUUGGGGUCGUCUUCGACCCUGACAACGGACUCAUUUUUGGAACUGCAAAUCAUACAAAGUUUGAGCAUGUUGAGGUCUUCACAGCGGGAGUUCGAAGGUAUCAAGUUGGCUGUUCUCGUCCUGUCACCAACUCGCACAUAGCCACUCGCCGGCCGCUUGCAUGGGCUGCCCUGGUUCUCAUCGUCGGCUUCCUAGCAGGCUUCAUCCUUUGGCUUACGCUCAAGCGAGCGGAGGAAGCGGAGAAGAACCUGCUGCGAAUGGAAAGGUUGAACAACGAGAUGCGGGAGGCCAAGGUGGCAGCCGAGGCUGCUGACGUGGCCAAGACGUACUUCCUGCAAAACAUGUCCCACGAGCUUCGCACGCCCAUGAACGGAAUGAUUGGCAUGACGAACUUGUUGCUGGGCACGGAGCUCGACGCGCAGCAGCUGGACUACGUCAAGACGGCGCGCGCAAGCGGGAACGCGCUGUGCUCGCUCGUCAACGACUUUCUGGACCUGUCCAAGAUCGAGGCAGGCAGGAUGGAGAUCGCCUCGAUUCUGCUGGACAUCAGGACAGAGUUGGACGAUGUCUUGGGUUUGUUCGAGGAGAGAACGCGGCAGAAGAACCUGGAGCUGGCUGGCCUGGUCCAGGAUUCCGUCCCGGAGCUGCUGCUGGGCGACCCGGGGAGGAUCCGGCAGGUGCUGAUCAAUCUGGUGGGAAACGCGGUCAAGUUCACCAAGGAGGGGAGCGUGCUGGUCUGCAUACGCAUGGAGCCCGUUGACGAGGGGGAGCAGCCGCCCGGACAUCACACCAUUGAUGUCGAUGUUCCCGAAGGGGAUCUAAGCCCCCGGUCAGAAGGCACCAACCACGUGCUCGAGUCCCCAUCCGAGGACACAGAGGGGGUUACGCCAACGACCUCAGGGUCUGGUGCUGGAGCAGAGAGUCGAGCAGAGGACCCCACGCGGGUUGCGCCCGCGGUCAGUAGCGAUCUUCAAGACCAGGCAGCCAGUCGAAAGAAGUGGUUUGGAAGGCGGCGUUGGCAGCGGGGUGGGGCGGUGGGAGCGGCGGGGGACGCUCCGCUGGAUCAUAUUGCACAGAGCCGGCAAGGAUCGGAGACGGAGCGAGGGGAAGUGGUACCGCCGGUGUCCUUACGGGCAGAUGCGCAAAGCAGCCCAGGGGCGGUCAGGUUAUUUAUGGAUAACGGGUCCGGCAGGGCGCCUCCAUUUCCAAGGCAAAGUAGAAAAGUUCGGCUUAUCUUCUCUGUGGAGGAUACAGGCAUUGGCAUUCCGCUGGCGGUGCAGCCGCGGCUGUUUGAGCCGUUCUUCCAGGCGGACUCGUCCAUUACGCGUGAGUUCGGCGGCACUGGCAUCGGGCUCAGCCUCUCCCGGGCGCUGGUUCGACUUAUGCACGGGAAGAUUGCUUUCAGUAGCAUCCCGGGCGUUGGGAGCACCUUCCAGUUCGACGUCGAGUUGACGGUGCCUCGGUUGGGCGUCGAGCGCAGCGCCACGCUGCAGCUGCAGAGCCUCCAGUCGGAGCGGCUGCGCGGGGUGCGCGUCCUGGUCGUGGGCAGCCACGCCGUCCGCCAAGAAGUGGUCGCCGCACACCUACGACGGCUGGGCAUGCAGCCCGUGGUGUCGCCCCGCGCCAGCGACGCUCUUUCAAUGGCCGCGGCCUGCGUUGAUGCGCCGUCCCGCUUCCGCCUGGCCAUUGUGGACGCAGAGGCCGUCGGGGGGCAUGAGGAUGCCCGCAGGCUAGGGCAGGAGCUGGGGACGGACCUGCGGCUGAGUGGCCGGAUAGCGCUGGUGCUGGCCACGUGUCGGAUCAACGCGCAGCUGGAGGCCAAGGCCAAGUGGGCAGGCUUUGCGCAGGUCCUCGUGAAGCCGCUCCGCACAGGCACCAUCUCGGUGUGCAUGCUGCAAGCGCUGGGCAUCGCCAUGCGGAGGAUGCAGCCGACGGCGUUGGACGGGGUGGGCGGCGCACUCAAGUCGUGGCUGGCGGGAGUGCGGAUCAUGGUGGUCGACGAUACGCUCAUCAACAGGAAAGUGGCAGGGAGCAUGCUGCAGCGGUACGGUUGCGAGGUGGUCCCCGCGGCCGGUGGGGAGGAGGCGGUGGAGCUCUUCAAGAACUCGCAGGACAAGCCCUUCCAUAUGAUUUUAAUGGACCUGCAGAUGCCCGGCAUGGACGGGUUUGAAGCGGCCAGGGCCAUCCGGCAAGUCGAGGCUGAAGCCCGGGGCACGUCACCAGAGGUUACGCAGGACGCGAGCCUCGAUGGGGAGGAGGUCUUGAGCUCCACCCCAUCAGAAGCAGCGCAGCUGGGCGUUCCAAUCGUGGCGUUGACGGCCGAUGUCAUGGAAGGGGUCAAGGAGAAGUGCUUUGAGGCCCAAAUGUCAAAUUAUCUCCCUAAACCCCUGGAUCAGAAACAGCUGCGCCUUGUCCUAGCUGAGUACUUUCCGGUGAAAGAAGAAGCCAAUGGGACGCUUCAAAGCACGAGUAAGGAGUAGAGACUUUACCGACUAUUGAAAGCAACUCUUCCAACAAACACUCUCCGCAUUUUAGAGUAGUAGUCAGAUCUAUUUAAGUAUUGCCUCGAAGGUGGGCUCUCCUGUGUCCAAGUCCGAAACGAAGACAGCUGUUCACAAAGGAAGCAAAGGAUUGUCAUCGAAGUAGUAGAAAUGGAUACCGCAAGACGGCGUUGUAUAGUAGAAACCUGCGAUCAGAGGAGUUGCAAGAAUUUUGGACGCUUAGUCUUAGUCGUAAAUAGUUAGAAGCAUUAGGCGGAGUUGCCGCAGCAGCUAAGACACUCAAUUCCAAAGCGGAGCACGCGACCUGAGUAGCAUGCCUAAGGGCAUUGUGCUAUUACAAAAAUCACUGCAAACACGCGCUGCAGUUGCAUUUGAAGUCAACCUCAAGUUUGCUGCUACAGCGGCAGAAUCUUGAAAGAACGCAUACUAGGACGAGUCAGGCCUUCUCGCUCGUUUG